AUGCCUGGUCAGAGAUUGUGUGAGCAGAGAAGAGAUGAUCAUAGACCUGUGAGAUCACAGAAGACACUGACAACACUGAGAGCUUUAGAGUUAACUGCUGGCCUGAAGAUCAGGUAUAAUGACAGAGCUGAGAAGAAUGAAGACAUAGUCAUGAGUGAUGAUGUCUCUGCUUCAUCAAGAUUUGUGAUUCGGAAGAACAUACGACCGUCGGAUAAUAACGCGGCCGCUUCCGAACUACUAGCGUACGCGUAUGAGUAUCAAGCAUUCACUAUGAAGAGCUUCGCUGACGCAAUCAUCACCAUCAAUAAGAAUAGAGAAAACCAGAUCUUAGGCCUGCAGCAGAAGAUCGAAUGUUUACACAGACAGGCAACUAUGCUGAACCUGAAGAUCUCAUCACAAUCAUUCACAAUCUCUUCAGAAGUGUACACAUCAUUGAAGACUGCUGCACAGAAUGAGAAUUCAAGCAUGAAAUAUAUUAAGCUGAGAGAUCUGCUGAAGUCAUCAAGCUUCAAUGAUGACUGA